AUGGAGGAGCGCUGCAGGCUUUGUCCGCCAACGGAAGACCCGGAGUUCACAGAGCAGAUCGAGAACAUCACAGUGCCGGCGGGCCGAAACGUGAAGCUGGCGUGCUCCGUCAAGAACCUCGGCACCUACAAGGUGGCGUGGAUGCACUUCGAGCAGUCGGCGAUCCUGACGGUGCACAACCACGUGAUCACGAGGAACCCCCGCAUCUCGGUGACGCACGACAAGCACCGCACGUGGUUCCUGCACAUCAGCAACGUGCAGGAGGAGGACAAGGGCCGCUACAUGUGCCAGAUCAACACCGUCACCGCCAAGACGCAGUUCGGCUACCUGCACGUCGUCGUGCCGCCCAACAUCGACGACUCGCUGAGCAGCUCUGACGUGAUCGUCCGGGAGGGCGCUGACGUCACUCUGACGUGCCACGCCAGCGGGUCGCCGCCGCCCAGCGUCAAGUGGAAGCGCGACGACGGCUCCAAGAUCGCCAUCAACAAGUCGCUCUCCGUGCUGGAAUGGGAGGGGGAGGUGCUGGAGCUGACGCGCAUCUCCCGCCUGGACAUGGGCGCCUACCUGUGCAUCGCGUCCAACGGCGUGCCGCCCACCGUCAGCAAGAGGAUCAAAGUCAGCGUGGACUUCCCGCCGAUGCUGUGGAUCCCGCACCAGCUGGUGGGCGCGCCCCUGGGCUACAGCGUGACGCUGGAGUGCUUCACCGAGGCGCACCCCACCUCGCUCAACUACUGGACUCGCGAGGACGGCAACAUGAUCCACGACUCGGCGGGCAAGUACAGCAUCUCCAACACGGCCGGGUCGCCCGCCUACAAGACGCACAUGCGGCUCUCCAUCAUGAACAUCCGCGAGGCCGACUACGGCACGUACAAGUGCGUCGCCAAGAACCCUCGCGGCGAGACGGACGGCACCAUCCGGCUAUACACAUCCGCGCCGCCGUCGACAACGCCCGGGCCGAGCACGACCGAUGCGGCGGCGUCGCGGCGGCACCCAGAUGACGGGUUGGACCCAUCCGGCAAUGACGUGAACAACUCAGUGUACAGCUCCCUCAGCGGGCAUUACUCGGACAAAGGCUCCAAGUACCAGUCGAAUCUCAACGAGAUCGAUAAGUCGGAACAGAAGUCACCUCCUGAGGCGUCUGGCAAAGGGAUGCACCGCGACUGGUUGAAGCCGGAGCUCACUGCAGCUGGUAGCAGCGCGGCGAACGGUGCCGUGUUGCUGGUGGUGGCAACGGCGGCCGCUUCCGUCGCAGCGUUCGCCCUGCACAGAUAAGGAAGACCAGCCUCAGAACAGCACCCCCACUGGUGGAUUUUGCAGUUAACAGUAACGGACAGCGUGAAAACUACACGAGAACUGGGAACCACGACAGCAGCAACAAGACUGAUCGAGCUUCUCCGAGAGUAGCGCCGGAAUCAUCAACUCAGGACUAAACUCUCUCACACCAGCCACCCCCAACCCCAAUCCCCACAACCCCGUGACGUUAGCAGUGGUGACGCAUGUCCUACAGUGACGACGUACGCAGGAUGCAGAAGACCGCGUGACGAAGCUGGAUAUCAACCCGGCUGUGUCUCCUGGAACUUGUGCCCUGUGUUGCUCAUUGCCCAGACGUUUGGACCCUACGUAGCUGUGUUUGUGUGCCCCGUAUUGCUCCUCUGCUUUGUAGGAUUCCGCGUGUGCGCGGCUGAGAGUAAUGCCAAAAUUCGUUCCCUGUCCUUUCGGCUACACAGAUGCUUCCUUGCCGGCACUCCGGACCCUAUCUCCCUGCCAUUUAAAACGAACUUUGGCUGCUACAGUGACUGUAUCUUCUGGAACUAUUAUGACUAGGCGUACAGUCUACGCUCAUUUAGUGGCGCUUCAGUUACUAGAAAGAUUUCAUGUCACACAAACUAUCCACUACCUACCAAAACCUACUGGAGUUACGAUGGUUAUAUUUUAUGGUGGAAGAAACACAUAAUGACUUACACUACUGGCAAGUAAUCUCAUUGCAAAUAUCCAACGUCUACGAAAAAAUUCCCAGCUGUGAAGGUUGAAUAAAGAGCAAUCUGUUUUCCUGACAAGAUUUACAAGGCAGUGCUUGAAACAACUAUCAAUGUAUGUAUGUUAAUUGGUAAACUGGCAUCACAUUUGGCAGUGUUAGUGACUGGUUGGAAGUCAUUACUGAACGACUAUAAUACUGCUUUUUGGAGACGCUGCAGUAUGAUAGCUAUAGAUAAAUCAUUAUCAGCAAUUAAGUAUAAUAUUUACGCAAUUUUAGCGUCUUUUAAAUGUUUCCAACGAGUGGCCUACCUUAAUGAAUCAAAUUGUUGUCUCAAUAGUUGUAACGAUGUCUGCUACGCUUGUUCCCGUUUCAGUAUGAUAAGUUUCCUAAAUGCUUUAAUAAAAGCCGUCUUUUCUGAUGACUUUAGGACAUUACGCGUUGAUGUAGCAAUUCCCAUAAUACCGUCAUUGUAGUAGUCGUGAAUUGUUGGUUCCGUACCUCAGUUGUCGUGUGUGCUACACCUUAUUUUACUACAGUGUUAAUCACUUUCUUUGUGUAAGCAAUUCCUCGCUGCCAGAAUUGGUGGCUAACGGCCUCAGGCUGCUGCAGGGUAACAUUUCGAAACUAAAAUAAAUUUGCCAGAGGGAAGAAUUUGCCAAUUAAGUUAUGAGCGCUGGACUCUACAGUCUAAUACUGUGCCUGCCGGAUGUCGAAUUAACGAAAGUUUGUUGCACAGUGAGGAUCUCUGACGAACAUAGCCAACUCACUCUCGCUGGUGGCAAUCUCUCGUUACCUCGUUAUCUUUGCUACCUUCUAUCACGCCACGGGAAACAUACUUCGGAAAACAGAAAGAAACGCUGCACCAGUGAUACCUCGAUCACAUUUUAAUAAAAGCGUAUACAUGAUUACUUUACAUCACUUUAGUUGUGCUUGUAGUACACAGGAAUACAAAAGCGGUUCGUCCUCUUAGAUCAAAUACACCCACAUGACCACAAGAUCAGCGCCUGUAUCAUCACUUCUGUAUCAUUGCCUCUGAAAAUCAUUCUUUUCCCGUUAAGCAAUUAUGUAGGUUCGCAAACAGACGCGUAAGUCCGAUGUCCACUAUACCACAUGGCCUACUCGUAGAAAGUCUUUCCCACGUAAAACUUACGUAAGGGCAUGACGAAGAUGGAAGGUAACACGUUGCGCUGUUCAGUUUUUUCACUCGUCACCUGCAGAUGAUCUUCUACAAAUGUCAUUUCGUAUAUUUCAGAACUGGAAAUAGCCACUUAUAUUUCUCAUUAUGCAUAUCUCUGUCACAGAUAUGAACGACAGAUGUGUAACUUUAUGAAAGUGAGAAAAAAUGUGAUCAUUCUAAAUGGAUGUAGAAACCAAAAGAGGCGUGGGUGGAGUGGUGGGGAGGGUAUAUGGGGGAGGUAGGAGGGAAACUACAAUGUCGCGAGGCAUAAGAAUUAACGGCAAAACAUGAUACCGUUCAAGAAAACAACACAGGCAAUCCUGUACUAGUAAAAUCUGACGACUCUGUCUAUGUUACAUUAGUAGAGACAUAAAACAUGACAAUUCCCCCAGUCGCAUCUGUGUUUAAAGAUUUCGAUAGCAUAUUUUGACCUAAUUAAUUUUAUGAGAUGCACUGACAUAUAUCUGGCGUUGAUAAUGGGAUGUGAUUUAAUGAUUGCAGAAAUUAAAAAUUUUUUGGUCGUAAUAGUUCCAAAUAAUUGCUCAAAAUGCUGAAUUCUGUGUGAGAUUCAUUAUAUGGGACGUCAAAGACACUGAAUAUUACUUGUUAGUAACAAUAGCAAUGAUAUUAAAUUAAUGCAAGACAGUAUGUAGGUACGCACAUGUUAAACAGUUUUUAUUUUUACUGCUUAUAGAAACCGCUUUAAUGCAAAGUUGGUUGUCAACAAGUUUUGUGUAUGAUUCGUAUCGUUUAAGUAAGGACCUACGUCCAAAAUGUGGCAGAUGUCCUUAAAGCAGGGCAGUUGACAGUUAAAGGGAUGAAAGAUCCCUGUUAACCAAUUGCUGCUUAGGCCUCGUCGUAUAACCAAUAGGAAUAGAUAGAAAUUAAUCCUUCGAUCCGUCUACCUGCGAAACAAGCACAAUGAUAAUUCUUUACAAGUAUUUUAAAUUAAUAAAACAAACUACACUGUUUCUUUUUAACCAAACCUGAUGUAAAGAAUAGUACGUUUCAGAUAUCAUUUCGAAAUCUUCAUCACAUUAUUCAUAUUCUUUGAAAGAACCCGUAGAGGGAUUUCUUCUUAUUUUUUCUUCUUCUUCUUUAUCUUCGUCAUCUUCUCCUUUUUCUUCUUUUUCUUUAGUAUACCCGUCUUAUGAGAGGUUUCAAUUGAAGUCUCUCCACUGCGUCCUGUUUUGAGUAUCUUCCUACAUCUGUCUGUAUGUUCUUCCUUCUCUGAUGUCAUCCAUCCUUCCAGAUCUUUUCCUACCUCUUCCUCUAAUUCUUUGUUGGAAAUAGUUCCCAGGCGGUAUGCUUCCCAGCUAAAGUAUUUUGUUCUUUAUGAUAACUUCCAUCAAGCUUCUUCCUCACCUUAUUUUCUUCAUUAGAUUCUCGUUUUUAACUCUGUCACCCCGUAGAUCCUCGUCCUUAACUCUGACAGUCCACUUUGCCUCAACCAUUCUUUCCCAUAACCACAAUUCUAAACUUAAUAGAUAUAUUUCUUGUUUCUUCUUAGCUUUCCAUGAUUAACUGCUGUAUAACCCUACACCCCAGACACAACAUUUAGCAAUCUUUUCCUCGGCUCCAUUGGAAUUCUCCCGGAUGGUAAUAACGGCUUCACCUUCACAGAUGCUUAUCUCCCAUUAGUAUACUCUUCCUUAUCUUAUUUCUUCUGUACGGCUUCCAUUCCAUGUCAUUCAACUUCUCGCGUACAGAAAGGACUUUACUUGCUCUGUCUUUUUUUUUUUUUUUUUUUAGGAAUAUGUUAACUGGAGUUUCCUUCUUGCUUAUUCUCAUCACUUUUGUCGUUGCUGUACUUAAAUUCAUUGCAUACUUCUUGCCUCUUCCUGUUAUACUCUUCAACAUCUUCUGUAGCUCCUUUUCUGAUUACGCUAGCGCUGCUUGGUCAUCGGGGUAUUUUAUAGUCUGUCCUUACUCCUCCAUUUACAAUGCGUCUUGCAAUCUCUAUGGUCCUACCUAUCAGUUGUUUUCCAUAGAUGUUGAAGAGAUUCGCUGACAGUGGGCAUCCUUGCUUACACCAUUUUCAGCGCUCAUCUCUUAGGCCUCCACAUUCUCAGUUCUAACUGUCCCUUUUUGCUUUGUAUACAUUUCAUUUAUUAACUCUCUGUCUUCCCAGGCUAUACCAAAAUUAUUAUUGGCAUCAUUAUUUGAUAAAUAAUGAAUAUUGAAUGUGUAUUAAAGUACCAAACAGUCAUACUGUUAUAUAGUAAAAAUAAAGUGUCCACAGCUGCGGUUAGUAUUCUGGACCCGAGAAAAACUGAAGGAAACUCCUUUCUGGACAACGCUUCCGCAAAAUGUAAUCUAAAUCAUUUACUGCUCGAAAUAUUGGUCCUCUGCAUAUAUUUUUGUAGAUGAUUUCAUGAGUUAUUUUUAAAAGGAGAGGUGAGUGGCACGUAGCCGGUAAAGGGCUUCUGACCAGUGCAAGUAGAGUGCAGCCGUGGCACUUCUAGAGGGGGGGGGGGGGGGGUGAGCCCAUCGCCCUGCUGCCUUGACCCCUCUCCCACCCCUAGAAAAAAAAAACCCGAUGCACAUCUGACAGCAGGCCGAACCGAAUGGACAUGAGGGAGUCCUGGAGGCACUAAGGAAUUCAAGUUGAGGACGAGCUCUAACUAGAUCUACCAGAAUACGAAUUUAGUUGUAUCUACAAACUAACAUGAUUUACUUGUAUUUGUUGCUGUUAAGUCUAUACAACAAACAGUUCUGGAAACAGUACAUAUAGUGCUAAGGUAAAUAGGCAUCUACAGCAACAACACCAAGAAACUCGUGAUAAACGGGCAACAUACUCCACUGUCCGGUAUAGUUCUGCUAUAAAAUUAUAACAGUGCUGUUCAGGAAGAGAUUAAAUGAAGUUAUAAUGUUUGUAUGUGCUUGUGUGUGUGUGUGUGUGUGUGUGUGUGUGUGUGUGAACAAAGAGGUUUAGAUAAUCGUGCCAAAGACUUUUCUCCCAAAUGUGUCGGCUCACUGCACAAACGUCGAUGCCCUGCUAUGUUGUAAAGUUAUGCUUAUACAGCUCACAAUGUAGGUAAAUAAUUCAGUUUCACUGAAGAAAAAUUACACUGAAUGUGCUCCUCGUAUACUAAAGCGUCUUAAGCCUAAUAUUAUGUAACAAAACUGUAUAGUGUUAUUGAUGGCAGAUACUAAAACGACUCACUGUAUGUAUUUUCUGAUAAACAGAGCCAGAAACAGUGGACAACUGAAUGUCAAAGACUGUGAAGUUGACCUUUAUAAGAUGUAUUUUUCGUGAUGUUUGCUGAGCCACAAAAUUUUUCGCGCAGGCUGUGUGCGUGUAGUGCAUCUGUGCGUGUGCGUGUGUGUGUGUGUGUGUGCGUGUGUGUGUAUAUGUGUGUGUGUGUGUGUGUGUGUUUGCGUGUGUUUUCAGACACACAGUUGAAGAGAGCGAUUGUGACUGCUGUAUUGUUCUCUGGUUAACACCUCUAACCCCAACGCAGUUACUUUACUAUAACAAAAAUAUAUUAAUAUAUUAACAGGGAAAUGGAAGAUAACGUUGCUUAACCGUUGUUCAGGUCAACAAAAAAGUAAUAACCAGAUAUAUUAUAUAUGUAUGUCGACUAUUUAUAAUGUUACGUUAUAAAUGUAUCCAAAAAAUUGUGAAAAAUAAAACAAUGACUAGAGCUUACAG